AUGUCACCGCCUCCUCUCCCUCCUGCAGAUCCCAAUGAGCAUCAAUACUGGACCGACCCGAUCCUCUGUGAAGAGACCCGAGCCAGACUCGAGCAUUUUCGCAGCAUUGGAUGGCUACCCCCGAACUUCAAACCCAAGACAUUGGAAGGUCUUGCAGUGGUCGAAAGAUACUGGCGAAGAUUUUGCAUCCAUUCAAAGGAGGACUACGUGGAGUAUUUACUCCUGGAGGACCAAACAAUUUACAUGAAUUUCUUCGAUUGGAUGUACAGGACCUCACGACAGAAGCUUCUUCAGUCGUACGAUGAGUACUGGCGACGGCUUUGCCAAUACUUUGGUCUGUUUGCACGGCGCCGUCUGAAUGGCAACGUCUAUGAACAGAUGCGACGAUUCCUGAAUAAAGUAUUCCCCGCAGAGCGAAAGAUCCCCAGACGUAUGAAGAAGAAGGACACCCUUGACGUUAAUGUCUUCUGCAUCUUAUAUCGCCAGCACUGGAUAUAUUCGAGAUUUUUCCGUCACGGGAGUAUGAUUAUCCAAUUUGCCGUAGUGCAACUCUGGUCUGCCAUCACUGGAACGCGACCGGGUGUACUGCUUCCUCAGAAAGCUUCCCAGACUGGCCAUAAGUCAUCCCUGGGCAAACGCAAACGCGAGCAGACUUUUCAGAGUGACCUUCCCAAACACGUUUCGGCCGACGAUCUUCCAGAUUCAGUCUGCUACCGCGAUAUUGAGCUCUUCAUUCUUAAAGACCCCGAUAGCAAGCGUGAUGUCCUUUGUGCCAUCAUUGAGUUUCGCAACCUCAAAGGCCGGCCAGAAGGCGCUGACGGAACUAAAUUCUUCAUGCAUGGUGAUUACCAAUUGGCUUACUGCCCAAUCAACCAAAUUAUCUCACUAGCUUUCCGCGAUGGGGCUUUUGUCAAUCCCUUGACUCCAGAGCUGAUAUGGCGGCUUCGAGUUCCAAAGCGCCGACAGGAUCUUCCCCUCCGGUGGAAGGAGGAGAUCCUUGAUACCCCUCUCCUUCGACGUAUUGAGCGCACUCCGCACGGCUACGAGCUCCAUAAGUCAUUGCCGAUGACGUACGACUCAAGUCGACAAGCGCUCAAAGAACUAGGUCGAGAUGCUAAGUUUGAGGACGAUAUUGGCCAUUAUAACUACCGGCGCUGGGUUGCCAAUGAAGUUAAUCGGAACUUCACAAGCCAGGAGCGGCAGAGAGUGCUAGGCCAGUCCGGCGACGCGGUUUUCGAGAGGCAUUACCAGUCACAGUUUAUCGGCCGCGAUCUCCAGCAUGUCGUGCUUCUCCGACCCUCUCAGGAAGGUCUGCUUCGGGUUGCUGGAAGCAUGCUCAGGAAGAGGGAUCCCCUUGCCCCGUCAGGUCUUACCGACCAGCAGAAACGUGCUAUUUGUCGAGACCCCAGAAUCCUUGAGCUUAGACGAGAGCAGAGGGAGCUAAAGGAGGAGAUGCGAUCGCUAGCUGGUACAGUGGCGAAAGCUCGGGAGUCAUUCCCUCAUCUGCAUGAAAGACAUGAGGCAGUUAAAAAAGAGCUCUCUCGGGUAAGGAAGAACCUGACAAAGGAUACUCGCGAGACAGCUAGAAAGGAAUAUUUUCACAAUGAGCCUGUGCUCGAAGUUGACAGACAGAUCAAGCAACUUCUUGGCCAGUCUGAUGCUGAAAGUUGUGAAGAUCUCGACUCCGACGAUGAAGACUGGGAUAUUCCUAUUCCAGAAUACGUCUUUCCCGAGCGAGCGCGACUGGUGGAGAAUUUCUAUGGCCCUGAAGCGGAAUGUUUUGAUGCGGAUAAGCUACUUGCACGACGUAUCCAGGUUACCAAGGACAUGGUUGCGCUCUCGAAGCUCUGCGAACCAAGCCGGCGAGGCAACCAAAUCAACUGGGAUGUGAGUGAUGGCGCUAAGGCUGAUGAAACUGAACGUGAAGAGUCGGAAGAAUCACCACCUUCUGAAGAAGAAGCCCUGGACUGCCCAACAGAUGUUUGCAUUAUCUGUUGCGGUUUGUCACGUCGUUCAGCUUCUAAUCCGCCUCCACAUAAAUUUCCUUCCAAGCGAAAAGAUUCACUCCGUCGCCAUCUCAUUGAUUUUCAUCUCGCCCGUGCGCACGAGGGGAUUAGCUGUACCUGGUCGGCCUGCUGCAAUGUCCCUAAGUUCGCAAAGGCUACUGAAUUCUUGGCGCAUGCCGUUGAUGUGCACUCAUAUGAUAUCGGAAUCAAAUUAAAACAUCUCCCAAGCAGACCUCUGUUAACUUGCAGCGAUACUUCCUCUAUCGACAGCACAGACGCUUCUCUGGAAUCAUGUGGACGGUCAGGCACUAGCACUCCCGCUUCCUCUGUCGGCUCUGUGACAGCAAAUAUCGACCCGCGCCUGCUGGAGCUCGACAAAGGUACCGUUACAGUGCCACCGCCGCGUCGCUCAAAGAGGGUGCGUCUCCAAUGA